GAUGGUGGCGCAUGCGCCCUGCCCUAGGGGUCCCCGGAGCUGGGCCCGUCCGCGUCGCCGUCAGGGUGGGGGGGCGGCGGCGGCGGAGCUGGGGCGCUGCUCGCUCCCCAGGGGCGCGCGGUCCGUUUGGCCCCGGCCCCGCCCGCCGGCCCCGCCCCGCCCCGCCGUCGCUGUGCCGACGGCAUCCUGCCGCCGCGUUCAGCGUCUCGCCGCCCCCUUCCCGGGGGGCUCCGCCAUGGCAAUGACAGGCCCAACACCGUGCUCAUCCAUGAGCAACCACACCAAGGAGCGAGUCACAAUGACAAAGGUGACAUUAGAAAACUUCUAUAGCAAUCUCAUCGCACAGCAUGAAGAACGGGAGAUGAGACAAAAGAAGCUAGAACAAAUGAUGGAAGAAGAAGGCUUAAAAGACGAAGAGAAGAGAAUCAGGAGGUCAGCACAUGCACAAAAAGAAACAGAAUUUCUUCGCCUUAAGAGAACAAGGCUUGGUUUGGAAGACUUUGAAUCUUUAAAAGUAAUAGGCAGAGGAGCAUUUGGAGAGGUGCGACUUGUCCAGAAGAAAGAUACGGGGCAUGUUUAUGCAAUGAAAAUACUCCGUAAAGCUGAUAUGCUUGAAAAAGAGCAGGUUGGCCAUAUUCGUGCAGAGCGGGACAUUCUAGUGGAGGCAGACAGUUUGUGGGUUGUGAAAAUGUUCUAUAGCUUUCAGGAUAAGCUAAACCUCUACCUUAUCAUGGAGUUCCUGCCUGGAGGUGAUAUGAUGACGCUGUUGAUGAAAAAAGACACACUAACAGAAGAAGAGACACAGUUCUAUAUAGCUGAGACUGUGCUAGCCAUUGAUUCUAUUCAUCAGUUGGGUUUUAUCCAUCGAGAUAUCAAACCAGACAACCUUCUUCUGGAUAGCAAGGGCCACGUGAAACUUUCAGAUUUUGGUCUGUGCACUGGACUAAAGAAAGCCCACAGAACAGAGUUUUAUAGAAACUUGAACCAUAGUCUUCCUAGUGACUUCACUUUCCAGAACAUGAAUUCCAAACGGAAAGCAGAAACAUGGAAGAGAAAUAGACGGCAGUUGGCUUUUUCUACUGUGGGAACUCCAGAUUACAUUGCUCCUGAAGUUUUCAUGCAGACAGGCUACAACAAGCUUUGUGACUGGUGGUCACUUGGGGUCAUCAUGUAUGAGAUGUUGAUUGGUUAUCCACCUUUCUGUUCUGAGACUCCUCAAGAAACGUACAAGAAAGUAAUGAAUUGGAAAGAGACACUCACGUUUCCUCCAGAGGUUCCAAUAUCUGAUAAAGCAAAGGAUCUUAUUUUAAGAUUUUGCUGUGAAUGGGAGCACAGAAUUGGUGCAUCUGGUGUGGAGGAAAUAAAGAGUAACCCAUUCUUUGAAGGGGUUGACUGGGAGCAUAUAAGGGAAAGACCUGCUGCGAUUUCGAUAGAGAUUAAAAGCAUUGAUGAUACCUCAAACUUCGAUGAAUUUCCAGAAUCUGAUAUCCUUAAACCAACAGUGGCAACAAGUAACCAUCCAGAUACUGACUACAAGAACAAAGACUGGGUUUUUAUCAAUUAUACAUACAAGCGUUUUGAGGGCCUGACAGCCCGAGGAGCAAUACCAUCCUAUAUGAAAACAGGAAAGUAAUUAACCUUUACCUAGGACAACUUCUGAACCAUGGAAUUUUGUUUCUGUACCUUGGGUUUUUUUUAACCCAUAAAAGAACUUUCUAUCUUUUUUAUCAUUUUCUUAAAGAAAACUUGAGGGCUAUCACCUCUUGGAGAAGACUUCAAGACCCUCUUUUGUUACACACUGGCUGUUACUAAGGAUUUGUUCUUUCUGCACCAUUGAAAACUUCCACAAAAUGUCAUCUCUGCUGCAAGCAUGUUUUGCUGCUUCAGGAGCAAGAGUUUUGAGUUUUCCUUUUAAAUUCUUUUCCAGACUGUACAGUCCAUCAGGAGAUCUGAGAAGGCCUUCACUUUGACAUUGCAAAGCAUGUGAUGUUUAUAUGGAUGAUUUUGCCAGUCCUGCAUUAAGUAACAUAUUCAGUCUGCCAGUUCUACCAGCACUGUUUUCCUGGUGGACUUCAGUAUAAUGGAAAUAAAGCAAUAAUUACAGCUUGAGGCAGACAACUCUCCGGUAAACUAUCUAGUGGAAAGAUACAACGUGUAUUGCCUUAACUUUAGUUUGUAAUAGUGUUUUUUUUAUAAUGCUACGUGGAAUCCUCUUCAAUAGCGUUUCUUAAUUUUGUUGCAGUGGCCUCAAGUUGCAGUGCACUUUACUUUUGGUACUAAAAGUGACCCUCAAGCCAUUUAAUAUCUUUCUAGAUUAAAAAAAUUGCGCAAUACUUUUUUUUUUCCCUAUACAGUAAUAAGAGAAACGGGCCACUUCCUCCACCAAGCACCAGCAGUUUUAUGUUGCUGUAGGAGAAGAUGGAUCUAUAAGCAAUGCAGAUAAUGAAGACUACAGCUAAUAACACAAGUGGAUCUGGAAUAAGGGCCGAGAAAAGGGAGGAGAACUCAUUUAACCUGAUCAUUGGUAGUAGGCAUGCUGGGUACAGCUGGGUCAGCCAUGAGGUUUUUGGAUCCUGAUGCUGCCAACUUUUGGCCACUUUUAAGAUUGGCAUCUUCAUCUUUUUUAGACAAAACUGUCUUCUGUGGCCUUUUUGCUUUUGGUUUUGAGCAAAACAGUAUUAAAUUAUUCCAUAAGUCUUGCUGACCAAGGCCUCCUUGAUUUCCUUUACAACUCCUCUUGCUGUCAUGACUGAACCAGCUGUCCUUGUAGUCCUCUGAGACAGUGCCUCAUGGGGUCAGCUUUGGGAGUGGUGGGACCCACUAUGUUCUUCUUUGAAUUUUGUCUAAUGUAACUUAUAAAAGUACAUUCAGUUAUGAUCAGGAUGCUCUCCAGGAGAGCCCCAAGGUGCCUUUCCUUGCCUAAACAUCUCUGAGAACAUCGCUGCAUUUUGGGAGGGAGGAUUCUGCCUCAGCUGAGCUUUUUAUAAUGUUGAUUAAUUUUUAUAAUAAUUUUUUAUCAUGAGCAUCCAUCUUGUAGUUAACUCUGCAGUUCCAGUGGCAGAUGGCAUUAACCUUUGGGCCUGCCUGGUACUAGUCUGUAAUUUGCAAUUAGACGUUUUUAAAACUUUGAGGUUUCUAAAAGCAUUUAUCAAUCUGAACCAAGAUUCUUGAAAACUUUUAUUGGUGCUGAACACUAAAGGCAUAGCACAGACAGAAAAGCUGUUUAGAAACAAAACAAAGCUGGAGCAGUGUUUCAUAGUAAUAGGAAGGCUUUCAGUUAUGUUUAGUCCUAACUUUCUAGAUUAGGAAAUUAAAGAAAAUAGGGUUUGUUAUGAAAUUCUUUUUGGUGCUUUAAGGGAAUUUUCACCUAGAUGUCUUUUGAAUUGAGUACCAUCAUGAAGGACUGACUCGGGGGGACAGAAAGCACUGUAUAUAGCUAAGACAGGAUGAUAACUCAUUAGCAUCAUCUCCCUAACCAUCUCCUUGUGCUUAUUGUGUGUCCUAGGACUUAAAUGAAUUGCCAUAAUUAGAUGAUAGAUACCACAUGGAUCCUAAAAACCUGAACUGCAAGAGUAGCCUUAAUAGAAGUACGAGGAAUACUGUAGUCAGUAGCAAUUACUCAUAUGAAUAAGGGCUAACUGAGGUAAUGAUUUAUAGGAUCAGGCUUUUUAUCAACUAGUCAGUAAUACCCUACUCUACCCUCUUUAUCUUUUAUGGAGGGCUGACAGCUACUUCUCAAACUGUUCUCUCUCCUUAUCCUGCAGUUUCUUUUAACCAUUGGAAAAUGUUGCUUUAUAAACCACUGGAAAAUUGAGAGGUAUUAAUAUUGAAAUGCUUAAAAAACAAAACAAAGCAACAGCUUAGUUACUGCCUGAAAACUUAACAAAGCAAAAUCUUUUAAAAUUGCUGUGGAUUAGGAGUAAAUGAUUUUGAGACAGUAGCUGCAUUAUAGCCCUUUAGUAAAGGGACUGGAAUUUUUAUUUAUAAAUACCAAAGAUAAGAGAAACUAUACAAUUGUAAGCUGUGAUAAUGUGCUGUGAAAGCCUUUAUAGUAAUAUGUAUUUUGCAUUUUUAGUGUACAUGUUUUAAGGUCUUCUGAAACCUCAGAUUGUUCACUUUUUUUGAGGUAAAAAGGUGAAGUUUUUCAGAAGUGCAAGCAACAGUUGGGUACCUCAUUCCUGUGUCUUUCAGUAGGAGUUGGAUGUCUGCAUAUAAUCCUCUGAAAGCCUUGGACAUCACUUUCCAGUGGUAGGUGUUGUAUCUCAGUUGCAUCAUAAGCCUGCUUCCUAUUACAGGCAUUCACCAACAACCUGUUGUUUCCAGGAUCCUUAUUUCACUGCUAACAGAUUAAGAUUUUUGUAUACCUCUUCCCUCACCAGUGUGUUAGCCAAACAUUUUUAUUAGCUGCUGGCUUAUGUAUUGAUGCAUAUUGUCUGACGUAUUUAGUUCUUUUUCAAGCUGCAAGCAGGGUUUAUUUGGUUUAUUUUUGCCCUUUUUUUUUUUAGCUGGACUUCUAGGAAUAAUUCUAAUCUGUAUUUCCAAUGAAUCAGAACUUGAGUCUUGAUGCCAGUUCACCUUUGUAUCAUGCCUAACACAAAACUGCACUGUGUUUCUUAUCACUGUGCCCUGAUUCUGCCUUAACCCUAUAAUUUGAAAAAGUGUUCUGUAAAUAUUUAAAAACUGUUACCAAAUUGCACUGUAAAACUUGGCAGAUGUAUUGUGUGAUGCUGGAGGAGCCAACUUUUUAUGGAACAAUCUCUACAUUGUAGUGUGUAAAUAAAAGCCUCUUAGUAAACACAA